AUGCCAGUACCAUUCGAAGGAUUAAUUCCUUAUACUAUUAUGGGAGCAUUCUUUGCUCUUGCCGGACAUGGGGUAGGAUUCAUACGUUAUUGGGAUAAUGGAUGGAAAAACGAUAGAUAUGACUUAGAUGCUUUUGAUCAAAAGAUGAUGAAAAGAGAUUUCAACCUUACAGGAACUGUUAGAGGACAAACAUCAGAAUCAGUAGCUCCAGAACAUUUCAAGACUAUUGAUGAAAAGACUCAAAGAUAUUACACUCCAUAUAGAGAUCAAUUCUUUAUGUUGAGAGAAAGGAUGUACAAAGGUUAUGUUACAGGUAAUUGGGAAUUCCAAUAA